CAGCGCGCACACAUUGUUUUGGAGGCACGACCCUUAACGCGCAUUUUCCCGUCGAUCCCGUUUCGAUAUCGGCGGCCCCCUCACGCUGCAAGCACGACCUUGUUCCUCGCACGUGGGCAAGCGACCACAAAGGAGAGAGAGAAGAACGAACAGUGUGCAUUCGACGGACGCGCUGUGGAAUCAAUAGUGUGACUUUCGCUUUCAUCGCACGUGCUUGGACCGGCGUCUGAGAGAACUUCGUCGAGGCCCCGCCUUUCUCUCGCUGAUUCGGGAUCCGCGUGCUACCGGUCCUCACCGGCCAGCGGCCCUUCGGUGGAACAAGUCGAGACCUACCCCCGCCCACAUUAUCGAAACCGGUGCGACCCAACCUCGGCUCGAGAAAAACACAAGAAAAUCGUCUCGCCUGCCGCUGCAGACCAAGGCUCAGCCUCCGCGAUGACCCUCACGUACCUGUGCCUGGUAACUUCGCUGCUGGUGCUCUUGCUGGCGCCGUCAUGGGCGGAUGCUCAGCCGCCCCGCUGCCGCGCACUCUGCCAGAAGGACCCUGGCGAGGACGCCUGCGAGCGCUGCCGACUGAGAACCUUCAUGCGCUUCGGCAAGAGGGACUCGUCGCGAGCCAUCGCCCUCAUCCGAGAACCCGUGCUCGACGUCCAGUCGGUGCUGCUCGACGACGACGUCGACAACGACCGCCCGGCCGGGGGCGCCGCUCCCGGCGGUAGCUCGGCCUCCCGCGAGCAGCUUGUCUUGGAGCAGCCGGCUGCCCGGCCCAGCCGGGACCGGUACGGACUACUGCUCAGGGCCAUACGGGACGUCCGAGGACGGAGCGCGGACUAAACCCAGAGGGCUGCACUC